AUGUUGAUCCCAAUCCUCCUAUCAAGACCCUUUGAAUUUCUCCUCCUUUCGACCCUUCUACACUUCAUCUUCCAUCUCCCUACUUGCACUGCAUAUCCUAUCAAAAGAUUCUGUGCAAACACAGCAAAUUACACUGCUGAUAGCACAUUUCGGACUAACCUCAAUCUCCUCCUCUCUUCUCUCUCCUCCAAUGCUUCACUCACCGGCUUCGCCAAUUGCAUGAUUGGCGAAAACCCAAACCGAAUUUUUGGCCUUGCACAAUGUAGAGGCGACAUUAAAUCCAACAAAUGCCUUGAUUGCCUUAACACCGCACACCAAGAAAUCAUCUCAUUGUGCUCCGAUAGGACUGCAAUCAUAUGGUAUGAUGAGUGUCUCUUGCGCUACUCCAACAAAGGAAUCUCGUCGUUGUCUGAUAAUAAACCACUGUAUCACGAGUCGAAUCCGCAAAAUGUAUUCCACCCAGAUCGGUUUAAUCUGAUUUUGGGGCAGAUGAUGCAUGGUCUUGCUUCGAAGGCGGCUUUAGACCAAUCCAUACGGAUGUAUGCUACCAAUGAAACGAACUUCAUUAACUUCGAAAAGAUAUAUGGGCUUGUGCAAUGCACAAACGAUUUGUCAAGGAGAGAUUGCUAUGUGUGCUUACAAGGUGCAAUCUCCCAUAUUCGGGAAUGCUGUGAUGGAAAACAAGGUGGGAGAGUUCUUGGACCAAGUUGCAAUUUGAGGUUUGAGAUGUACAAGUUCUACGACAACUUAACUAACAUAACUACCAUGGGAAGCAAGCGAAACUCAUCUCGUACUGUGGUUAAUGUUGUCGUGCCAAUCGUUGUUCUUAUUGUUAUUGUUGUGGUGCUUCUCCUUGCCAUCAGUGCUUGUUUGCUAAUGAAGAAGAGAAAGAACUCAUUGGCUGAAAUACCAGUACGAAGAGAAACGUUUCAUAGUUCUUGUAAAAGAAAAUUGAUUAAUAUUUUCAAAUGCAACCGUGCAUUACAUGAUGGUUCACUACUCAUUCCAGUGAAGAAGAUAAAGGGAAAUAGCCAAGGAGCUUUAUUGAGUGAUUUGGGCUCCCCAAGUGGAACAACUGAUGUAGACAAUUAUGAAUUGCCUUGGAUCGAUUUGUCAUCCAUACAAUUAGCCACUGAUAACUUUUCAGAGGCCAAAAAGCUUGGAGAAGGUGGAUUUGGCCCUGUUUACAAGGGCUUGUUACUGGAUGGGAAGGAAAUAGCGGUGAAAAGGCUUUCAAGAAGUUCAGGACAAGGUCUAGCGGAGUUCAAGAAUGAAGUUGUAUUAAUUGCAAAACUUCAACAUAGGAAUCUCGUGAGACUCUUGUAUUGCUGCAUCGAAGGAGAAGAGAAACUGCUCAUCUAUGAAUACAUGCCCAACACCAGCCUUGAUGUCUUUCUCUUUGAUCGGAACAAGUGUGCUCAACUCGACUGGGGAAAACGGCUUCACAUCAUUGGUGGAAUUGCACGGGGCCUUCUCUAUCUUCACGAGGAUUCUCGUCUCAGAAUCAUACACAGAGACUUAAAAGCUAGCAAUGUUCUGUUAGAUCAUGAAAUGAAUCCCAAAAUUUCAGAUUUUGGCAUGGCCAGGAUCUUUGGAGGAAACCAAAGCGAAGAAAGUACUAAAAGAAUCGUCGGAACUUAUGGAUAUAUGGCACCUGAGUAUGCAAUGGCAGGAUUAUUUUCAGCAAAGUCUGAUGUGUAUAGCUUUGGCGUUCUACUGCUAGAGAUUGUAAGUGGGAAAAGGAACACCAGUGCAGAUUUUCCUGGAAAUGCCCAGACCAUCCUUACAUAUGCAUGGAAACUGUGGUGUGAAGGAAAAUGCUUGGAAUUAAUGGAUCCAUUGAUCAUAGAAACAUGUCCUGCCAGCGAAGCUCUCAGAUGCAUUCAUAUCGGGCUAUUGUGCGUUCAAGAAGAUGCGGCGGAUAGGCCCACCAUAUCAUCUGUAGUUCUCAUGCUUGGAAGUGACUCGAUGGCACUUUCCCAACCCACGCAGCCAGGAUUUUUCAUAAGGAAAGUCGUUGCUAAUCCAAACGAACCAUCAGUGGGUGCCACACCAGGUUCUGUCAACCAAGUAACCAUCUCUAACAUUGAACCCAGGUGACCAUACUGAUGGGAUCAAACCACAUGCUCUAGCUGGCUUGAAGAAGUUGAA